AUGACUGUAAGCCAUUUAGGGAAGCCGUCAAAAGUCGCAUCGGUCAAGAUUUGUGGAGACAUUAUGGAUACGAUUAAAACUAGUUUUGACAAAGUUAAAGAUAAAAUAAUCCAACAAACAGCGAUACGAGAAUAUCAAAAGUCUCGCGAUUUAUUGGGCACAGAUGAACACCGUAUGAAACAUGCUGCUAAAGCUCAACAGAAUGUCAUGAAAUUGGAAAAACAUGCAAUCAAAGAAGCACACAAACAACAUCAUACAUAA